AAGAACGUUCAGUGUUUUAGUCCGUGAAUAGGGAAGAGGGAAUGCGUAUCGUUCGGCGAAAGUUGGGUUUCGCGAUAUCUUUUCUACGAUUUAAAGUGCGUGCGCGCGUUGGCCUGUGUGUGCGUGUAAGUGAGUGUAUGUGCUGUAUACUCUUAGGAUCGAUUGAAUGGGGGACGAGUCCAACGGACUGGCGCCGCGCUUAGAGGAAUGCGAUGAGCUCCGUUUCGUUACCGCCAGUACCGGAUUUAAUACCGAUCUCGCGGUUUCAGUUAAGUAACGUGAAAGGUGGCGGCAAACGUCGUUUUGAGGUUAUGGGAGAGCAGCGCUCCCGUAGGACGGCCGGGAUACAACCUGCCGUCGAUCUAAUCGAUACCGCGCGAUCACGUGGCCCCUCACACGCGCAGACGCCUUUCCCCAAAUCCAGGCCCGAACGUCACCGUAAAUCAGAGAGAAGGCGCGAACACAGGAGGGCCAGGAAACGGGCGCCCAGUAAACAAAGUGGCACCCUCGAAGACCGACCGGUCAACCCGCGCGUUAAUCCGAUCUUCGUGUGGGUGCGUCAAGAAGACACUCAAAUCGUGGACGUCAAAUGCGAGGACUACGACAAGAGGAACCGGAUCCUCUUGACGAAAACCGCCCAGGGAUGGCGGGCCAUACCCCGCACCGAAACGUUAGUGCCCACCCUCAAGGAUGACAAAGGUAAAACAACAGACACUCACCACCAAUCGGAUCUCCAAGAAGAACCACCCCGGCUACGAAAACAGCGGAAAACGCACAAGGUUAAACGAAGAUCCACCGGCGUACAAGUCGGCGAUGACGGCGACGACAUCUCGGAUGCGGAAACGCGAAUCCCAUCACCUCCCAUUUCGUGGGACGACCCCGUCAACGUUGAAUCUCACCUGCCGUCCCACACUAUACGGAUACCGAAGAAGGACGUCAAUAAAACUUGUGACGUCAGCCCUUUAGACAAUCUCCUAGCAGUCGCAGAGCUUGAACUCCAAUCAAACGACUGGGGAGACAAGUGCACCGAUACCACAACCACUACUAUUAUUGAAAAGCCAAAAUCGCCUUCGACAGAAACCGAUAUCGAGCUCGAUAAAUUCAUCGACUCCUGCAAUCCUUCGUACGACGACUCCAUCCAAAAAAAUCCCGACGAAUCUGAUUACAACACCGAGGACGAUAACAACCUUGCCAUGGAUGAUAUACUCAACAGGCUUGAGCAAUCCCUAAGAUCACCUGAAACGCAAACCGACAUCAUCCCACCAGAUACCAAAAAAGAAAGCGACAUCCUCAUAAAAACCCCAGAAGACGACGAAAUCGUCGUAAUUCCAGAUGACGAACCCGACGUUCCCACCGAUUUAUCAACCAAAAAGGACGAGGAUCAACCCACCGACUUAAGUCUCCCGAAACGAAAUAAAUCCCCGCUUUCCAGGCCGCCAUCUCACAGCUCCGAAACAAUACAAUCCCCUCAACCCAGCGGAAUCCCCGCCGUACCCCCAUCGCCCGAUAUACUUCAAAAUCAAAAAUCGAAAUUUCUCGAAUCACUUUUACAAAAAACGCAGGAACCCGAAAAAGAACCGCUUGACCUUAACUUCCGCAAAUCGGCCAGUCCCACCGUAACAUGUUCCGAAGAAGUAAAAAGUUCCAAAGAACCUGAACCUCCCAGCAAAAAAUUAAAAGUUGAGGAUAUAACCCUAAAACGAUUACUAGACGUCCAAGUAGAAUCAACAAAAUCCGACACGUCAAAAAUUAAGGAAACAUCGCGCCUUCUCGAGCUUCUAUCCUGUCCUAUCGAACAAGAUCCCGUUGCUCAACUAAAUCAAGUGCUUACAGACAAUACUAUUAACAUCCCAGACCCUUUAUUAGUCCCGAAAAACAGAUUAAGUCAAAUUUUGUCCUCGCCGGCCAGAGAAAUACCCAGGUUAUUAAUAGAUAGACCAGAACUGCGACUUCCUCAGGCUUUAGCGUUUCCACAUCUUCUACAAGACCCAGACAUUUUAGUAAUCACUAUUCAACAAUUACAAACGAUUGUGCAAAAACAAAGCCAAUUACCAUUAAAGGAAGGAAAGGAAGAAAUCAAGCAAUCCCAAGAAGAGAAGAAAGAAAUCGUUGCUAAACCUCCCACGCCAAAAGCAAACGAAAACAAUAACGUCUCUAAAGAGGAGAAAUCGAAGGAUAAGAAAGCGGGGAUGAAUGAGCUGGCCAAUGAUAUAGACGCCGCGUCAAACGCCGCGUUCAAUCAAAUGAUGUGGUUGCCAUAUUUUAACCAAAUGGAAAAUAAUCCCAAUAGUGAAUUCUUGAAGUUGCUCGCGAUGUCUUAUUCGCACCCGCACCCACCUGAUAUGGCACACCUCCUAGGAAUGAACCGGUUUAUGCCACCAAGUGCAUUUUCGAUGCAACCACCAUCAUUCCCAAACCCGAUGGAAUACAACUGGCAGGAAAUGGUUAUGAUGCGACCAAAAAAUCAGUACGAUUUAUACAACAAAAACAUGUAUAAAGAAUACGUCGAAAAAAGUAAAAAAAGUACCUCAAAUAAUAAACCCAGUGGAAAAUCAAACUAUAUGUUCCCGCCGAGUUUGUCAUCGUUUCAUCAAACGCCAAAUCCCCUCCUCAAUAUGCCACCCUUCACCACCGCUCGACCUAAUCUCCACGUGCCACAAUUUAACCCAAACCAUCAAUCAUCACGACUCUCUACCUCCUCAUCAAGAAAUAAUCGUGGUUACACCCAAAAGUCGUCUCAUUUCGGUCACGUUUUGGCAUCUGGAAAAAGCGAAGAAAAAAAAACGUCGCCGUCGACCAAUAAAGUGACCUCUCAACAAAAAUUCGAGGCGCCAGGAAGUGUUCCUAAGCACUCGGGGAUGCAACCUAUCGACCUCUCCGGGUCGACAGCUUCUGGAAGCAAACUCAAGGUCAGACAACAUCUUAUUGAUCCGGGACACGCGGCCCGAAUGCUGAAACAGGACGACGUGCCCGAAGUGGGCAGCACAACGGCGAGCAUCGAAGAAAUGCAGGACGCGCAAAAAUAUCUCUGGCAUCCGUUGUUCGGCAACCAAAAAAACUACACGAGUCCUUGGAAUUGGACAACAGUAACAGCGGCGGGAGAAUAACAUCGGCAAAUGCCUCCAUCGUCAGCGUGGAGGCACCAAAACCAGCCCAGUUCAAUGGAUACAUUUACAGGGUUAGACUUCGGUUUCCUUAACAAAUAACCGCACUUUCUACGUUUCGAACGAUAGGGGAAAGACGCGAAGAUAUACAAAGGAAUCGCGGUCAACCUCAAGCCAGAAGGAAGAAUCGGAUUCCCGCGGAGUUUUGCCUAUUCCGUACCGACCGCGGCGGCGCCUGGAUAUUUUUAGACGAGUUUACGAAUCUAAAUUUUAUAGUGACAUCAUUGGAUUUUUCUAAAAACACGCAAAAAAAACUAACGAAAAACAAAAACUUUAAGUGUAUCAUUCCAUUUAAAUUUACGAAUACGAUGUUCCUCUUACACAACAUACUUCUAAAACUGUGUAUAAUGUAAUUCGAAAAGUUGCGCUCCUUAAUUGUACAUAAUUAUUAACAAUUUAUAUCUCAUUAUUAUAUUAUUAUGUUUUUAUUGUAAAUAGUUGUAAUUU